GUAGAAUUAUUUAUUUAAACUUCUAUUGUAUAUAUCUGUGUUCGGACCGCACAAAGAUAAUCACUUCCUCGUGCCAGACGGAAUGCCUACCAUUGUAGUUCCGGUGGCGGAAGACAAGCAGAAGUCACGAUCUGCAUGGAUGGAGGACGAGCUCCAAGGUUUAAAAUGGUCCUUCAACCCGCUUUUAUGGGUUUUGAAGGUGGCUGGUCUGCUUCAUGCGGUUCAAAUCAAAGAGAAACCAAAUGAUGACCGAAACGAAAACGAUGAGCAUCCGAUGACCGAUGACAAAGAGAACAGGUGCUCGUUCUGGCUGUUUUACGACAUCGCCGUGUUUCUGAUACUUCUUGGAAAUUUUAUCAAUUCUCUGACGACAUUUAAAGAUGCGAAUAGUUUUGAUGGUAUCGUUUGUAACGAAAUCAUCACUGCAACGUGGUUUCUUCAGGCGGCGUGCUAUGCCUUGAAUAAUAUAAUUGGCUGCAAACACUGGAAUGCGUUUUACGAUAAAUGGGACAAACUGGCAAAGUAUCUUGGCUUCAAACAUUUAAAAACGCCUCGAAGAAUUUCCAUUGCAACUCUCAUUCUGUACGUACUCUGGUUGAUGACGUCAUUCGGAUUUAUGGGGAUCGGAAUAUAUUUCAUUUCAAGCUCUGGGCCCCCACCCCCGGACGAUGCGGUCUCUAUCAUAAUAAAAAUUUUGCAGUUGAUCAUCUACUUUUACUUUGUUUCGGCAUGGUUUCUCCUGACGGCCAUGUUCGUCAUCGCUAGCUACGUCAUCUACAUAGCUUUCCGUCAUUUCAAGAAAAAGUUUGUCGGCGCCAUCAGCGUUGAAGGAAAAUUCAACGGCGACAUGGAGAAGUUCCGGCUGCAGCACGUGAGUUUGGUUGACUUACUCUACACGGCAGACAAUAUUUUCUCCAUGUACUUGCUGGUGACGAUCGGAACCAUCAUUCCGCUGAUCAUCUUCACGCUGUACUUUGUCCUGUUUAAGUCGGUGGACACGUUUGCUUAUGCUGCCACCUGGUGGUCGGUGGGACUCAGCUUCAUACAGAUCAUCUUUGUCUUCAUGGCGGGCGGUGUGGUCAAUCACGAGGCACAUGCAAUUCUUUCCAGUAUUUAUGCAAUAGAUUUACGCAGCAUGUCCUCAGAGGAAAGCCUACAAGUAAGCCUGGUUUUAGACAUGACCACAUUCCUGACCCAGCUGACCAGUGCUCCAAUAGGCUUCACUGCUUUUGGUUUAUUUACCAUUGACAAACCCACCAUCAUUACAUUUGCAGGGAGUAUAGUGACGUAUGCUGUGGUGGUCAUUCAGUUUAAACCUUCAGACAACUCCCUGGACCAGAUUCAGCAAGCCAUGAAUUGUACCACACCCUGACACCCCACCCUCCCUCCCCGAAUUCUGGCGGUCCAGGGCCCGGUACUGACGACGGACAGGAUUGAAGGAAGCUUUGUACAUGACCUUCUCGUUCUUCUAUACCACUUCCUGUCUUCAGCUGUAGACACCAGUAUAUGACAUGUUGCUGAAAAAGUUGUGACUAUAAAUAGUUUUCAUACCGUACGUAGUUUCGUGAAUCUUCGUGGGCAUCAAAUUUCGUGUUUGUUGGCAUAGAGUACAAAUUCGUUGAUACGUAAAUUCGUUUAUAGCUACCAUUUUUUUUCUUCUGGGCUUUCCUCAUUCGUGAAAACAAUAUUUGCUGUUCAACAAAACAUAAUGAGGAAACCGUGGGACAUCAUUUUGUGAUUUAUUUUUCAUUUCUUUAAUCAAAGUUUGCCGUCCGUGCAUAUUUUGACAUUUUUGUUUAAGAUAUGAUAUCAUACUAAUAUUCAAUGUACAACUAGAUCAUUUUCUCCCAAACUUGGCAGGUAUCAUUAUAUUCGUACUAAGGGAAAUUCGCCCUUGCUUCAAAGUAAAAUAAUAGAGAAAGAAGUAAUUAAACAAAGAAAUGGAAACCUUUAUGACAUAGAGUAGAUGAGUUUACUCAAUUUUUAUGCAAGGGUGUCCCACCCUGCAACAGAUGCUUGUUGUAAAAUAUUUGUUUUUCAAAGAGUAAUAAGGAAAAACGUUUAUGCAAUAAAUCCCUAUUCACAGACAUGUAGAUAAAACUGCUUCUUUUCAUUUUUGGAUAGUUAAAAUAUGUCCCUAAACACAUGCAAAAAGUUUACAAAAAUAUAUUGAAGGGAAAGCUGUUAUUUUGAGGCAAAAAAUGGAUUUAUGUAUGAAAAAUCGUCAAAAAUGGGUAAUUCCAAUUAAAGUCUGUGUUUCGAUUGAAACUUUUUAUUUUGUGUCAUAUUUGGAAAGAUUAACGUAUCCUUAAACAGAUAUGACAAAUUAAGGAAAAAAUCUUAACGAGGAAGCUGAAACAUCAUUUAUUGAAUAAAAAUCGUCAUGACGCGGCACCGAACCCGGUCCAAUAUAAACAUUUCCAUUUGUCCUGAUUUGAUCUUAGUCUUAAUUUCCUUAUUAGUUAGAUUCUGUUGUGUAUUUCAUAUUUCAUUAACAAGGAUGCGGUCUUAGCUCCGCAUGAUUUUCAAGGUUGCAUAUAUAAUUUCACGAUUGAGGUAACUGGAUUGAACAUUCCCAAAUCCCUUUAUCGUGUAGCAAAUUAGAAGUGGUGUCUUACAAGAUGCCAUGUGGCAAGGAAAGGCGCCACUUUGCGGAGGCUAUGUUUAAAUAGAUUCUAACUAAUGUUGUAUUUGGUGAGCUACCACAUAAGAUAAUCCCAAUAGGUAAGAACUGUGGUAAUGGCUGGUAGAGACAAGAAAAGUAUCAUUAAUUUCCCAAAACUAGUCAAAGGCGAUUAAAUUUUAUUGGUCUUGCUAAUUUCGAAAGUUGGACAUUUCUAGAAACUUUAAAAAAAAAAAAAGCAAACUUUCAUUUCGCCUCAAAAAAGUAUGCAUUUAAAGCUUAGCGGCUAUAAAAUCUUUCUUUAAAAAAGUACAUAAAGUGCAAUUCUUACCAAAUGUUUCCUGUUAGUGGAAUAUAAGCAAUGCCACAGAAACGACAGUCCAUGAUAUGUAAUAACGGAUAUACAGAUAGAUAGCCCUGGAAGGCUCACGUGAUUUCUCCGAUAACGUACACAACGUCACUUCUGCGUUAUCGUCUGCUGUGUUGAAGGAACCCGCCAGGUAACCUCUCAGCACGCAGACGACAAAGAACACUAGUCCUAUAAAAUUUUAUAAUUCCGUUUUCCAUCAUUUCAUCUCAGUCAUCUCCAUGUUGGACCGAACUCAAAAAUUUAUAUUAAAAUUUUGGUUGACCAUUAGAAAUACUUUAGCUAAGCAUUGUAAACAAUAAAAAUAGAAAAAUAAAAUUUUCAGCUCAA